GAUGCCCUCUUUCCAACAGGCUGCAUAAACCUCUCAUAUCUUCCCCGCCUUCAUUCUCUUUUUCUUCCUUCUCUAAAUCCAAACUUUACCAAGAUUUUAACUUUCUGUAGGCAUACACAUAUAUGUAUAUCUUGUAUUCAUAAAAAGUCUGCUUUUUGGAAGUUGGGUUCUCUCUAAUUAGGUUGCGUUGUUUUGAGGUUUUAGUUUGUGUGAACAAGAAGAAGCACAAGUUUGAAGAGAAUGACCACAAGGGUUGCUUUUAAAUUCUUGAAGGAACAUGUUUUGCAUAAGAUUAAGCCUGGGGUUGCUGCUUCUAGACAAUUUUCUGCUCAUUUUUCAUCUGUUCCUCCCCUUCCCCCUGCUAGAUCCAAGAUUCCUCAGUUUUCCAAAAAAGGGAGAAUAUUGACGGGAGCCACCCUCAGCUUGCUUAUUGGGGGAGGAGCUUAUGCAAGCACUGUGGACGAAGCAACUUUCUGUGGCUGGCUGUUCAAUGCAACGAAGAUUGUAAAUCCAUUCUUUGCAUUUCUUGAUCCAGAGGUUGCUCAUCGGUUGGCUGUAUCAGCUGCAGCUCGUGGAUGGGUUCCAAGAGAGAAGAGGCCUGAUCCUUCAAUAUUAGGACUAGAAGUUUGGGGGAGGAGGUUUUCUAAUCCUCUAGGCCUCGCUGCUGGUUUUGAUAAAAAUGCUGAGGCGGUUGAAGGCUUACUAGCAGUAGGUUUUGGGUUUGUAGAGGUUGGCUCAGUUACACCUGUUCCACAAGAGGGUAACCCAAAACCUCGUAUAUUCAGAUUGCGAAAUGAAGGUGCUAUAAUCAACAGAUGUGGCUUCAAUAGCGAGGGAAUCGUUGCUGUUGCGAAACGGUUGGGAGCUCAGCAUGGUAAGAGGAAACUUGAUGAAACAUCAACAUCUUCAUCUCAAUCAAGUGGUGGAGUCACACAUGGAGGAAAAGCCGGUCCUGGAAUACUUGGAGUCAAUCUUGGAAAGAAUAAGACCAGCGAAGAUGCAGAUGCAGAUUAUGUACAAGGGGUUCACACAUUAUCUCAGUAUGCUGACUACUUGGUUAUUAACGUUUCAUCUCCCAAUACACCUGGACUGCGCCAACUUCAAGGAAGAAAGCAGCUGAAGGACCUCGUAAAGAAGGUUCAAGCAGCUCGUAACGAAAUGCAAUGGGGUGAGGAGGGGCCACCUCCUUUGCUUGUAAAAAUUGCUCCAGACUUGUCUAAGCAAGACCUUGAAGAUAUUGCAGCAGUUGCUCUUGCACUUCACUUGGAUGGAUUGAUUAUAUCAAACACAACUAUUUCAAGGCCAGAUCCUGUCAGGGAAGACCCACUUGCUAAAGAAUCUGGAGGCUUAAGUGGGAAGCCUCUAUUUGAUUUAUCCACCAGUAUCUUGAAGGAGACAUAUUUAUUAACGAAAGGGAAGAUCCCUUUGAUUGGUUGUGGAGGUAUUAGCAGUGGUGAAGAUGCAUACAAGAAAAUAAGAGCAGGCGCAACUCUUGUUCAGCUUUACACUGCAUUUGCUUAUGGGGGACCUGCCCUAAUACCUCGGAUCAAGGCUGAACUUGCUAGUUGCUUAGAAAGGGAUGGCUUCAAGUCUAUUCAUGAAGCAGUUGGAGCAGACUGCAGAUAGUUUUGUGACUGACCACGCUUAUGCUAAUGGUUUGAUGUAUGGCCAUCUCUUUACAAAUCUUCGACUUCAUAUGAGAAUGCCAACCUUUUAUGAUCAAAGUUUCCACUUUGAUUGGUACAAUUUUGUGCUUUGCUAAAUGUUCUGUUCCAUUUCAUGUCUCAAAAUGUGAUGGUGUAUGAUAGAAAAUUUUGGCAUAUGAAUGUAUCAGCUUCCUUUCAUAGGCAUGUCAGUAUAAUCUUGGUACUAUGUUACCCAAUUUUCCAGCUAACUGCAGAUCACAGUCUGUAAACAUCACCAGUUGUAAUGGAAUAUGUAGUCUAAAAGCCUUCUUGCUUUAUGGUAGAAAUCAGUUCAAUUCUGCAUGAACA